GGCAUGGUUCCUCUUUUCGAGGCGAACCAUUCAGCCCUAUGCUUGUCGUGGAGGUUGAUGACAUAAAUACACAAGCAGAUCUUGGUCUACAAGCGAAACUCAAACAACAAUGUCUUUCAUCGUCACCGUGCUUGGGAGACUUAGAUGGAGGCGAUGCUUUGCCAGGUUUUAAGCUGAAAGUAUGGAAGAUAGAAGAAGCAAUAUUGCAAUAA